AUGGACGAGGAGGAGCAAGGAUUCAGCGAAUCAACUGACGCCAGAAAUCAUGAAAAGUCUAAUGCAGAACCAUUAAUUAGAAGAUCAAGUUCCCAAACCAGCGUUACAAACUUGAAGUUGUCUAUUUCUGACGCUCAGAAGCUAAUGUUUAAUCAGUCAGAUACCUAUGUUAAGCCUAUAAUUAUGAAUUCGAGAAUUGAGAAAGUAACAAGUCCAAAGUUUGACAAAACAAAGUUGCCCUUUGAGCCUCAUCCUCUAAAGAAGGUUCUAAACAUGCCUCAGAAGGACUUGGAAAACUUUCUUACGCAAAUAUACAAGGCUCUUGUGGCUAACGGAGACAACACUGUAAAACUUAACUGCUUAUGCUACUUUGAAACUUUGUGCACAGACACCCAAUCAUCCAAUUUACUGGUGAACAGUUCCCUUAUGAAAUUAUUUAUCAAAAUGCUGAGAGCAUACAAAUCACCCAUGCUACGGGUUAGGUUAUGUUCUGUCACAGGAUUAUUGGUACGACAUGCAACAUAUAUUUCUGGAGACCUUCUGAAUAAUGAAAUAUUUGACGUGUUUGUUGAGCUUGUGCAGAAGGAUAAUGGUGUGAAGGUAAAAAGAAGAGCGUUGGCGUGCAUGGGAGAAUUAGUAUUCUACGUUGCAACACAAAUACCCUCAAAUCAAAAAGAAAUUACGUUAGUAGACCUUCCACAUUCAAUAGUUACGACAGUUGUUGAUAGCUUGAAGUUUUCUGAUGAAGUAGUUCAACACUAUGCUACGAAAACUAUUGAAAACAUAGCUGCCCAAAGUCCUCAGUACUCUCAAAAAUUCGCCACUGUGGAGUGUAUUUCUUCUCUCCUACAAAUUUUCUUUUCUACAAAGAACGAAUUUCUCAGAGGAAGCGCUGUUUCUUCAUUAGCAAGAAUGGCGAGAAAUAAGGCGUCUCUGUCUUUGCAGCUUGUUGAGCUAUUUUCAACCAAAAAACUAAUUUCCUUAUUGAAAGAUGGUAAUAUUAGAGUUCAACAAUCAGCUAUUAACAUUAUCAACAUGGCUCUACUCUCAGACCCCAACUCUAAACUUUGCAAGUCUUUAGUAGAAGAUCAAGCGUUUGAGGAUGCUUUGUCAGUUCUUGUCGACCAUCAAAGUUACACACUAAGAGCUAAAUGUUUGAUAACCUAUUUCAUUAUUUCGAAAAAUAACACUAACUUUAUAGUCAAGUGCUUUGGGCCAAAGCUUUGUGCUUGCUUGGACAGGUUAAUGACCAAAGAAAAAGAACACUACGUUAGAACAUGUUUAUUGGGACUGCUGGAUUCUGUGGGUGAGCUCAUUCCCUCACUUCUUCAACAAAUUUUCCAACAGUUGGACAAAAAUAUGAGCGCUUCCACGGUCGCAGCGCAAAAUAAGAAUCUGGAGUUCGUUUUGCUUGUGAUGACAACACCCUCAUUGAGCGAACGUUUAAUAACAGAGAAUAUCAUUACUCAAUUAUCUAAGUUACUGAAUCAAAUUGGAUCAAAAGCAGGAUUAGAGGAGUCUUCAAAUACAGUACUUCUCGUAAUAGAGGCUUUAUCCAGGCAGCCAAUGACAGCAUCUUACCACAAAGUUGUGGUUAAUUCCUUACUUCCUUCUUUAGUUGAAAUGCUCAACAAUACGAAUGGAGAUGUUAGAUUUUUAUGUUUAAAAAUAUUUACAGACAUACUUGUUCAGUUUCUUAAUGACAAAAAUGUAUAUAACUUACAAGAUACAAGCCAUGAGUGUACAAAACAAGUUAACGAUUUCAUUGUAAAGAACCUCCUCCCUAAGUACAAACAAAUUUUGGACGAUCAGGACCCAAUUCCUCUUUACGGGUUGAAACUAUUGAAUAACAUUGCCGAGCACAACCCAGGAUUUGUUAGCGUCAUUAACCACUUCUCUCUCAUUCCAAAGCUUUUUGAAUUUUUUGAACUUGAGCAUAGAAACAACAAUGUACACAACGUGAGACUGAUUUUGAAGGUUGUCAAUGCCGAAGUUUUGAGCUAUGAUCAGCUCUACAAAUUAGGAAUAAUUUCAAAGCUUAGCGCUGUUUUGAAAUAUGCGUUUGAAAACGGUGUAGACACCUUCUUUGAACCUUGUUUAGGCAUUGUGGAUAACUUACUUUACAAAGCGGCCAAGUUGCUGCACCACUCCAACAAGGGUGAGGACUCGAAACAAGCGGAUUCCAUGUACACCAAUAAUUCAGCACUGGUGGAAAAUUUACAAGUAUUUAUGAAGCUUUGCUCUCAUGAAGAUUUAGGAAUUGCUGAGUCUGCAUGCCAUGUAGUGCUAUUAUUAAGCCAACAAUACUCUUCAACGCAUGAACAACUCUUCUCUCAGCAAGUUCUUGGAUUAAUAAGGAAAAUUCUUUUAAGCCAUGUUGAUUCUCUGGACGACGGCAACGAAACAGAGACUGAAGAAGCUGAUAAUAGCGUCAAAAGAAUUUGUAAUUACAUGCUCAACGUUCUUUUAAUUAUUUGCCAAACAAAUAACAAGAUGAUUGCCAGGCUGAAGCGUGAAGACAUGUUACUAAUUGCCAUCAACAAGGUUAGUGAAUUGGGUGGCAAUAAUGAAUCUUUGAACUCUCUUGCUCAGUCUGUUAAAAAGAUUGUUAGUGAAUAA